UUUUUUUUUUUUUUUUAUACAUAUACACAUUGAAUAUUUUUUUGCUUCUAAAUUAUAAGAAAUGAGGUAAAUUCAUUGUUUCUUUUCUUUUUUUUUCCCCUUUUAUCUCCUUUUAUUUUUUUAUUUUUUGACUAAGCCAUUAUUUCUAAUCCAUGUUCUUUUAGUAAAAAAUCAAGAUCUAAGAAGGGUGACGGUAAUGUUCCAAACUUUGUUUUCAAAUUAGGUGGUAGUGACACACCAGGUACACCAACUUUUAGUUUCAGUGGAAGCGCACCUGCAAGUCCUGCUUCUUCUGUUGGUUUUGGAUUUUCAAAUAGUAAUCCUUCUAGUCCUGCCUCUACAAGCUUUAAUUUUGGGUCUACUACUACUACCCAAUUUGGUGACCAAAAGUCAACAAUGGUGCAAAGAGGUCAAUCUGAACUUAAUCUUAAUUCUACUGAUCAUUCUUCUCUCAGAAGAGCAACAUCUGAUAUAACUUUUGGCUCUAAUCAGCCUAACACGACUGCACCUGCAUUUAAUUUUACUGCCCCCAAUACUAGUUCUACUACAAGUAAUGAACCUACAAAAUCAUUUACAUUUGGUUCAUCUACUACACCAUUAAAUCCACAAGCUUCGUUUAAUUCAGUUACUAGUACAGGUAGCCAAUCUUCUUUUAGUGCUCCUGCUGCAUCAUCAACUGCAAAUACGCCUUCCUCUUCUUUUGCUUUUACUGCACCAACAACUUCUACAACUACACCUUCUGCUACCAAGCCUUUUACAUUUGGUAAUACAACAGCUACGCCAACCCAUAGUAGUACUACCACAAGUACCAAUACUACUCCAACGUUUUCAUUUGGUGCUAAAUCUACAACUACUACUGAUAAGCCAGCAACUCCAUCUUCUUCUAUUGGAUUUACAUUUGGUUCAGCAUCAACAACUGCUACAACAACAGCCGCUGCUACUACUGCUACUGCUGCUACCACAAGUACUUCUACUACUAACAAUAGUGCAUUUUCAUUUGGUAAAUCAACUGAAACACCUAAACCAACUACCACAACAACACCAUCACCUUUUAAUUUUGGUACAACUACCAAGUCAGAAGAGAACAAAUCAGGUUCUGCACCCAGUACACCAAAUGCAGUAUCUAGUUUUUCAUUUGGUACAAGCAAGCCCACCAGCACCCCAGCAUCUUCUACAACAACAACAACAACAGCAACAACAACACCUACUUUUAAUUUUGGUAGUUCCACUACAAGCACUACAAAUAGCACAACAUCAACAGUACCUAAAUUUACAUUUGGUGAUAAAUCCAAAGAAACGCCAACUACAUCUACUGCCACUACCACAGUGACCAGUAGUCCAUUUACAUUUGGUAGCAACACAACUACCCCAGCUACUACUACUACUACUAUUGUAAAUCAAGAAAAACCCAAUCCAUUUUCAUUUACAAAGUUAUUAGAAGAUUUAGCCAAAAAUGCUGCACAACCUGCCAAUCAAAUGUAUGCCACAUUAGUUACACCUGCAUUAUCUGGACUACAACAAAAUCAAGUUGUUCAUCAUACAAAUUUUAGAAUUGAUAACAUUAUGCCAACCACUCGUUAUACAGAGCUUCCUGACCAAGCCCAAAAGGAACUGGAUGAACUAGAAAAAUAUAUUAGAGCAGAAGGGCAACGUAAUGAAUAUAUUAGUAGCCAUAAAAUGCCACGUCAUAUUGAUGCGAUAGAUAAUGUUAAGAAGAAUACAGAGUUUUUAUUACAACAACUUGAUGCAUUCUCAAGUACACUUAAAGGACAAAUGGAAUCCGUUGAAUCAUUCUAUGAUACAGUGAAAGGACAAUUAAGAUAUGCUAAUGAUGGAGCUGCCGUAUUGGAAGCAUGUAAACAUCCAGGAAAUAAUGCAAGAUGGUUAUUUGGCUAUUCAGAGGAUGAUGAUUAUUUCUCACAACUUACAAAGCAAUUAAAUGGAAGAUUAGAAGAAUACAAGAAAUGUAUUUGGGAAAUUGAAAGAACUGCUGAAUCAUGGGCACAAAACAAAGUACAAUCACCUCAAGAUAUUGCUGAUAUUAUGCGUGCACAAAAUCAAGCAUUCUUGGCUCUGUCAAACAAGGUUGCUUCUUUACAUGAAAGUGUUAAUAUGGAAAAGAAUUAUUAUAACCAAUAUUUAAAAAUUUAUUCUUAAAAGAAAAGAAAAGAAAAAAAAAAAAA